AUGGCGACCAAAACCUUCUCUCUCCCUUUCCUCCUCAUAGUUUGCAUCUUCUCUCAACUCUCAUCUACCUUUGGUGAUCCUUCGGUGAAAGAUUUGGGCCAACACGCUGGCUACUUCAGCCUUCCGCGUUCAAAAUCAGCCAGGUUGUUCCAUUUCUUCUUUCAAUCACGAAACAAUAGUAGUGAUCCUGUUGUGAUCUGGUUAUCCGGCGGACCAGGUUGCAGUAGCAGUAACCAAAGAUAUAUCAGUUACCUUAAGAUAUCCAAUCUAAUUUACGUGGACCAACCAAUCCGAACGGGGUUUAGUUACGCGAACGACAGCACCGAUCUCAGGCAUGACGAGGACAGUGUCAGCAAUGACCUAUACGACUUCUUACAGGCUUUUUUCAAAGAGCAUCCAAACUUAGCAAAAGAUGACUUCUAUAUCACCGGUGAGUCUUACGCUGGCCACUACAUUCCCGCUUUAGCUUCGCGAGUCCACAAUGGAAACGAAAAGAAAGAAGGGAUUGUAAUAAACCUUAAGGUAACUGAUAUAUCUUUGGUUACUGCUACUGCAACCUGGUCCGCCGGAUAA